AUGGCUGGAUUCAGUUGGUACCUUUCUGAAGGCUUCCAAGUGAUUAUUGAGAAGUCUAAAGAAGAAAAAUGUUCCUUAAAAGAUGUACAAUUGCGUUUCUUGUGCCCUGAUGAUUUGGAAGAGGUGAGAGCUUUAUGUAGGGAAUGGUUUCCUAUAGAAUAUCCUCAAUCAUGGUAUGAAGAUAUAACAUCAUCAGAAAGAUUUUUUGCCCUAGCAGCUGUUUAUAAAAGCCAAAUUAUAGGCCUCAUUGUUGCUGAAAUAAAACCUUACCUCAAGUUAAAUGCAGAAGAUAGAGGAAUACUGUCCAGAUGGUUUGCCUCCAAAGAUACCCUUGUGGCCUAUAUACUGUCAUUAGGUGUUGUCCGUUCAUAUCGUCGAUCGGGUAUAGCAACUCUACUUUUAGAUGUCCUCUUGAAUCAUCUAGCAGGACCUGUACCACAACCCCCACACGAACAUAGGGUCAAAGCAAUUUUCCUACAUGUUCUCACUACAAAUAAUGAAGCCAUCCUUUUUUAUGAAAAAAGAAGGUUUAGAUUACACUCCUUCCUGCCAUAUUACUAUUCAAUAAAGGGGCGCUGUAAAGAUGGAUUUACCUAUGUAUACUAUGUUAAUGGUGGUCAUGCUCCAUGGGGUCUCUAUGACUACUUCAAAUAUGUAGCUAGGGCUGCUUGGAGAGGAGGCGGCCUUUAUCCUUGGCUUUGGGGAAAAUUACGGACUGCAUUGACAAUAGCGUGGCAUAGAUAA